AUGACGGAGCUCGUAACCAAAAAAAUAAUGCGAAUUUUAAAAUUGUCUUUCUACUUAACAUUAGCAGAUAUUAGUGAUAUCACACAAAAAGGCUAUGAAAAGAAACGUGCUCGCCUCCUUAUCCCAUACAUCGCUCAACAACAGCCACAAGAAGUAAGACAGGAGGCCGUGCAACAAGCACUUGCCGAGAUGCAGAACCGGCCCAAGCCGUCAUUGCCAAUGCCUUCUAAGAGGACAUCGAUGAUGGCAAAGAGCCCGGAUAGAGAAAGACACGAUCUCUCUUCAAGUUCCGACGAGGACUCUUGUGCUGGAGACACAGAGUUGCCUCCUCCUCCUGAACUGGGCUCCCCACCCGCACGCCGACCUGCCGCUCCUCACCCCCGUGCGCACCCACAUCCCUUACCACAGCCACACCACCAGCGGGAGAAGAAACACGCACCAAGAGAGAGGACUGAGAUCGAUUUGUCAGAUAUCACCGCACAUCUGCCGACCUAUAUUCAACCUGACGUUACGCACACUACAUCUGGAGCAAGGCGGGGUGGAGCCCUAGUUGCAGAUAGAGUACAAUGUUACGCACAACCUGAGGAUACUGGAACAGGCACUGGCCGAUGGAAGGUCUCGGCGAAGAUUCAGCAACUUCUGAAUACCCUGAAGCGACCGAAACGCCGUCCACUGCCUGAGUUUUACGAAGACGAUGAUAUAGAGUUAGAAAUUGCGGCCAAUCCUAAAGACCCGAACGCUCCAAAACCAGAGGGAGGAACUAUGACCCCAGCAGUAGGCGAGCAACUCGUCGUACCCGCUGGUCUGCCAAGGAACUUGGAGGCAGCUUUGCAGAGAUACGGAACUGCGUCGUUCAAAGCCAACGUUGCAACAGUUCUUGAUCCAAAUGGGAAGCUUAGUAACUCCCUCACAUAUGGUAAACUUCUAAGCCGAUCUCUCAAAAUCGCCUACGCUUUGCUCAAUAAGACAUUUACCUCAAAAAGCAGCAGUGGAGGACCUUUGACUGGAGACAAUUCCAUCAAGCCUGGCGAUCGUGUCGCUUUGGUCUAUCCAAACAACGAUCCUAUAAACUUCGUGUGUGCAUUUUACGGCUGUCUCCAAGCUGGCGUUGUUCCUGUGCCGAUAGAAGUACCACUGACCAGACGCGAUGCUGGUCUCCAACAAGUCGGCUUUCUACUCGGCUCUUGUGGAAUCCAAUACGCACUGACAUCGGAUGCUUGUUUGAAAGGUCUUCCGAAAACGUCUUCGGGUGACGUGGUGUCUUUCCGUGGUUGGCCGUCUCUACAGUGGGUGUCGACCGAGAAGCUCCCUCGACCUCCCCGCGACUGGAUACCACCCCCCCGACCCGCUGAAGACAGUCCAGCACACAUCGAGCACACUUCAGCCGCUGACGGAUCCGCCAUGGGUGUCAUUGUCACUAGGGCGUCAAUGCUUUCCCACUGCCGCAUGCUCUCUGUGGCCUGCAACUACACUGAAGGCGAGCAUAUGGUCUGCGUUUUGGAUUUCAAGCGUGAAACUGGCCUAUGGCACGCCGUGUUGGCAAGCGUUCUCAAUGGCAUGCACGUGAUUUUCAUUCCUUACGCCCUAAUGAAAGUAAGCCCUGCCUCGUGGAUGCACAUGAUCACUAAAUACAGGGCGUCAAUCGCAAUAGUGAAGUCGCGUGACCUACAUUGGGGGCUGCUGGCUACGAGAGAUCACAAAGAGAUUUCGCUGAGUUCACUGCGCAUGCUUCUGGUGGCUGAUGGUGCCAAUCCGUGGUCACUGUCUUCUUGCGACCAGUUCCUGUCUGUGUUCCAGAGUAAAGGUGUGCGCGGCGACGCGAUAUGCCCGUGUGCGUGCAGCAGCGAGUCCCUCACGGUGUGCGUGCGGCGCGCCGGCCGCGGCGGAUCGUCGGCGGGCCGCGGCGUCCUCUCCAUGUCGGGGCUUUCCUUCGGCGUGGUGCGCGUCGACGCUGAAAAUUCCCUCACUUCACUCACUCUGCAAGAUUGCGGACAAGUUAUGCCGUCAUGCGUGAUUGUGGUAGUGAAAAUGGAGGGUCCGGCGUAUCUCUGCAAGACGGACGAAGUGGGUGAAAUAUGCGUACUCUCCGGUGCCACAGGCUCCGGUUAUUGGGGACUGCCAGGUCUCACUAACACUGUUUUCCGAGUACGACCAUUAGAUUCGGAUGGGGAACCGAUCGGAGAAGAAUACUAUGUUAGAAGUGGGUUGCUGGGAUUUCUUGGCCCCGGUGGUUUGGUAUUCGUGUGUGGUUCUCGCGAUGGUCUAAUGACAGUUACUGGUCGUAAACACAACAUGGAUGACAUCAUAGCUACUGUACUCGCAGUAGAACCGAUGAAAUUCAUAUAUCGAGGGCGCAUCGCCGUGUUCUCCGUGAGGGUACUGCGUGAUGAGCGAAUAUGUAUUGUAGCUGAACAGCGUCCAGACUGUGGAGAGGAGGAGUCGUUUCAGUGGAUGUCUCGAGUACUUCAGGCUGUCGAUUCCAUACAUCAAGUUGGUAUCUACUGUCUCGCGCUGGUACAACCUAACUAUCUUCCGAAGACGCCGCUGGGUGGCAUUCACCUUAGCGAAUGCAAACGGCGUUUCCUGGAAGGCACGUUACACCCCGCCAACGUCUUGAUGUGCCCGCAUACUUGUGUUACCAAUCUACCUAAACCAAGGGAAAUUCACUCAGUUGGACUAUCCGCAGAUGUUGGCCCAGCGUCAGUCAUUGUGGGAAACCUGGUGCAAGGCAAUCGACUCGCUUCUGCCCAAGGGCGCGAUAUGGGAUAUACUGAUGAUUCCGACGCGGCACGAAAGUAUCAAUUCAUAUCGCAAAUACUACGAUGGCGCGCUCAAAGCACAUCUGACCACGUUAUAUUUACACUGCUCAAUUCUAAAGGCGCCAUUUCUAAAGUUUUAACAUGUGCCGAAUUGCAUAAGAAGGCUGAAAGAAUUGGUAAUCUUCUGCUAGAGAAAGGUCGCGUAAAUACAGGAGAUCACGUUGCCCUAAUAUUCCCACCGGGAUUGGAUCUUAUUUGUGCUUUCUAUGGAUGCUUGUACGUGGGUGCCGUCCCCGUAACGAUCCGGCCACCACAUCCGCAAAACUUGCACACCACACUGCCGACUGUUCGCAUGAUAGUCGACGUCAGCAAAGCAACGCUAGUCCUCUCCAAUCAAUCUGUGAUAAAACUGCUGCGAUCUAAAGAAGCGAGCAAUGUUCUCGACAGCAAAGCAUGGCCUAUAACCCUUGAUACGGAUGAUAUGCCCAAAAAGAAACUGCCUAUCCUCUACCGAGCGCCUACGGCUGAAAUGUUGGCUUACUUGGACUUCAGUGUUUCAACAACGGGCAUGCUAGCGGGGAUCAAGAUGUCGCAUGCGGCAGUGACGUCUCUUUGCCGCUCUAUGAAAAUAGCUUGCGAGCUUUAUCCGUCGCGUCACAUUGCACUCUGUCUCGACCCGUACUGCGGCUUAGGGUUUGCUCUAUGGUGCUUGAGUAGCAUUUAUUCGGGUCACCACUCUAUCCUUAUCCCGCCAUCUGAAGUCGAAAUAAACCCGGCUCUUUGGCUUAGCGCCGUAUCACAACAUAAAGUCCGCGACACCUUCUGCUCUUACGGUGUAAUGGAGUUGUGCACUAAAGGCCUAGGUAGUUCUGUCAACCAGUUAAAAUCGAAGGGGAUCAAUUUAGCAUGCGUUAGAACGUGUGUAGUUGUCGCUGAAGAGCGACCGAGGAUCAAUUUGACGAAUUCGUUUUCAAAGCUGUUUUCUGCUUUAGGCCUGAGCCCAAGAGCUGUAUCAACGUCCUUUGGCUGCCGCGUGAAUAUCGCUAUUUGCCUUCAAGGCGCAUCUAGUCCAGAACCGUCUACCGUAUACGUAGAUUUGCGAGCUCUUCGUAACGAUCGCGUCUCCUUAGUAGAGCGCGGUAGUCCCCAUUCCCUUUGCUUGAUGGAAUCCGGAAAACUAUUGCCGGGUGUUAAAGUGAUAACUGCAAAUCCAGAAACAAAAGGCCAAUGCGGUGAUUCUCAUUUGGGAGAGAUUUGGGUGCAAUCGCCUCAUAACGCUAGUGGUUACUUCACUAUAUAUGGUGAUGAAAGCGAUUACGCGGACCACUUCAGUGCUCAGUUGGUUACGGGCAAUACAGGUGAGGUGUAUGCUCGUACUGGUUACUUGGGUUUCUUGAGGCGAACAGAGAUAAGUACAACUGGAACGAGUUGUGAUGAGUCGCUGCUGUCAAGAGAUAGUGAUACGGAGUCCCUAGCGUCGGCGUGCGGCAGUGUUGGCAUGGCAUCAGACGUGCAUGACACGCACGACGCAGUGUUUGUUGUCGGCGCUCUCGACGAGACCAUAAUGCUACGCGGUAUGCGGUACCACCCCAUAGACAUCGAGAAUUCCGUAAUGAGGUGCCACAAGAAGAUAGCCGAAUGUGCUGUUUUCACCUGGACAAACUUGCUAGUCGUGGUCGUGGAACUGGACGGCAACGAUAGCGAAGCUUUGAAUCUAGUCCCACUUGUUACUAAUACUGUUUUGGAAGAGCACCACUUGAUCGUCGGAGUUGUAGUCGUGGUUGACCCGGGAGUCGUGCCCAUUAACUCGCGAGGGGAGAAACAACGCAUGCAUUUGCGUGAUGGAUUCCUAUCCGAUCAAAUCGACGCCAUAUACAUCGCGUAUAACAUGUAA